AUGGCCUAUCGUCUCCUUCCUCUGGCUUUAGCUUCUUUUCUGCUAUCUGCAUCAAUCUUAAUUUCAGCAGCUGUAGGAUUCGACUAUGGAGAUGCUCUCAGCAAGAGCUUGCUGUUCUUCGAGGCUCAAAGGUCUGGUAAGCUUCCAGCAGAUCAGAGAGUGAAGUGGCGGGGUGAUUCUGGCCUUAAAGAUGGCUUCCAGCAAGGAGUGGACUUGGUGGGAGGCUAUUAUGACUCGGGCGACCAUGUGAAAUUUGGGCUACCAAUGGCGUAUACAUUGACAAUGCUAUCAUGGAGUUUGAUUGAGUUUGAGAAGGAGAUUGCAGCAGCUGAUCAGCUGGACUAUGCUCUUCAUGCUAUCAGGUGGGGUACCGAUUACUUCAUCAAGGCUCACAAGCAGCCCAAUCUAUUAUGGGCUCAGGUUGGAGAUGGCAAUAGUGACCAUUACUGCUGGGAGAGGGCGGAGGACAUGACAACUCCAAGAGCUGCUUAUAAGGUUGAUACUGAAAAUCCAGGUUCGGAUGUUGCUGCUGAGACUGCUGCUGCAUUGGCCGCUGCUUCAAUUGCUUUCAGGCCUUACAAUUCAUCUUACUCUCAGCUCCUACUGCUUCAUGCUAGACAACUAUUUGUGUUUGCUGACACAUUUAGAGGAAAAUAUGAUGAAUCCAUUCCACUUGUUAAGGAAUUCUAUCCUUCUUCUGGAUAUGAUGAUGAGCUUCUUUGGGCUGCUGCUUGGCUUUUCGAGGCCACGGAUGAACAUGAAUACCUCAACUAUGUGGUGGAGAAUUCUGGCUCUUUAGGAGGUACUGAAUGGGCAGUCAAAGAGUUCUCAUGGGAUAACAAAUAUGCAGGGCUGCAAAUCCUUAUGGCAAAGGUUUUAAUCCAAGGAGGCGCCGAAUCAUACACAACGACGUUGAAGCAGUACCAGGCCAAGGCUGAGUUCUUCCUCUGUGCUAUACUUCAAAAGAACAAUGGUUAUAAUGUUCGCUUGACACCAGGAGGCCUAUUAUUUAUUGAUGAGUGGAACAACAUGCAAUAUGUUUCAUCUUCUGCAUUUUUAAUGGUUGUUUAUGCUGAGUAUUUAUCUCCAAACAACUCCAAUCUCCACUGCCCUGAUGGCCAAGUCACUCCUAAUCAAAUUCUUCAGUUUGCUCAAUCUCAGGCUGAUUACAUUCUUGGGAAGAAUCCAAAACUGAUGAGCUAUCUGGUUGGGUACCAAGAGCAUUAUCCAAUAAAUGUGCACCAUAGAGGCGCUUCGAUUGAAUCAAAAUCUGCUCUUCCCGCUGUGGUGGGAUGCAUACAAGGUUUUGAUCAGUGGUAUGAUAGUAAGAAGGGAAAUCCAAAUGUUAUCUCUGGAGCUCUUGUGGGAGGCCCUGAUCAUCAAGACCAAUUUGUUGAUCAACGCUCCAAUUAUGAGCAAACUGAGCCAGCCAUUGUUGGAAAUGCUCCUCUCAUUGGCCUAUUUGCUAAACUUCAUACUCUUUCAAAAGGCCCAGCAACCAAGGCAAAGCCAACAUCAACUUCCUCUUAUAAAUCACUAUUUGCCAACAUACCAAACAAUUAUUCUAUUGCAGAGAAUCCAAUAGUGUUCUUCCAUUCAAUUACCAACACAUGGUCAGACAAAGGAGUGGAAUACUACAGGCACAAGGUAACUGUCAUAAACAAAAGUGGAAACCCAAUCACAAAUCUAAAGCUUGCAGUAGAGAACCUUUCAGGUCCUCUUUGGGGCCUCUCAUCAACACGAGAGAAGAAUACAUAUGUUCUUCCAGCAUGGCUCAAGGUUUUGUACCCAAAUAAACAAUUCGUUUUUGUUUAUGUUCAAGGAGGACUACAAGCCAAGGUUUCAGUUAUUAGCCAUGACUAA